GUUGUAAGUCCUUUUCGGCGGUGUCCGUCUUGACGGCUCGUCGCUGGUGCGCCGCUUCUCUCCCACGAAAAAAACACACAAAAAAAGUGCAACUCCUUUAAACAAGGAGAACCGAAAGAAUAAAUCAACCUGGUGGAUAUAAGUUCGUCGAUUUGAGCGAAAGCGUCCGAGGCUACUCGCAACUUCCGGCCAGCAGCCAUGUCGGGCUCCUACGACGGCUCCAUGAUCGACGUCUCCAGCGACAGCUUCUGGGAGGUGGGCAACUACAAGCGCACGGUGAAGCGCGUGGACGACGGCAACCGGCUGUGCAACGACCUCAUGACCUGCAUCCACGAGCGGGCCCGCAUCGAGAAGUCCUACGCGCAGCAGUUGACCGAGUGGGGCAAGCGCUGGAGGCAGAUCAUAGAGAAAGGGCCCCAGUACGGCAUGCUGGAGCGGGCGUGGUCGUCGCUCUGCACGGAAGCGGAGAAGGUGAGCGAGCUGCACAUGGAGGUGAAGGCGGCGCUCAUGGGCGACGACCACGAGAAGCUGAAGAACUGGCAGCGCGACGCCUACCACAAGCAGAUGAUCGGCGGCUUCAAGGAGACCAAGGAGGCCGACGACGGCUUCCGCAAGGCGCAGAAGCCCUGGGCCAAGAAGCUCAAAGAGGUUGAGACCAUGAAGAAGUCGUACCACUCGGCGUGCAAGGAGGAGAAGCUGGCGGCCAGCCGGGAGACCAACAGCAAGCUGGAGAGCAACAACAACCCCGAAACGCAGAAGAAGCUGCAGGAGAAGGUGGAGAAGUGCCAGCAGGAGGCGCAAAAGACUAAAGAGCGCUACAAGAAGUCCCUGGAGGAGCUGGACAAGCUGACUCCUCAGUACAUGGAGAACAUGGAGCAAGUCUUUGAGCAGUGGCAGCAGUUCGAAGACAGGCGCAUUCGCUUCUUCAAGGAGAUCCUGCUGGAGGUCAAGCAGCACUUGGACCUCUCCACCAAUCACAGGUUCCAGACGAUCUACAACACGAUGGAAGACACCAUCGCCGCGACGGACGCCGACGAGGACCUGAAAUGGUUCCGGUCCAAUCACGGCCCCGGCAUGCCCAUGUACUGGCCGCAAUUUGAGGACUGGUCCAUAGACCUGAACCGGACGCUGAGCAGACGGGGGACGAAGAGGGCCUCUGAGGGCGUCACGCUGACGGGGAUCAGUCAGACCGGCGCCGACCAACCCGUCCAGGCUCUCAAGACCGACGACAGCGGCGUGACCCCGCCACCCAAAGCGGCGCCGGCGGGCUCCAACCCGUUCGACGAGGACGAGGACGACGACGGCGGCGAGGAGCGGGAGGCGCAGGUGGAGGAGACGCCGCCCUCACGCAACCACAUCAGUGGGAAAACGCAGGACGUGAAAACCGUCGGCGGCGUGGAGAAGACCGCCGAGUGGUCGGACGAGGACACGGACGACAACCCUUUCUCGGCCAACGGCGAAGGCAACCCGUUCGAGGACGAGCCGGCCUCCCCGGUGCUGUCGGUGCCGGUCCGGGCGCUGUAUGACUACGAAGGCCAGGAGCAGGAUGAGCUCACCUUUAAAGCAGGGGACGAGUUGACCAAAAUCGGCGAGGUGGACGACCAGGGCUGGUGCAAAGGCCAGCUCAAGGACGGCCGGGUGGGCCUCUACCCCGCCAACUACGUGGAGGACAUCCAGUAACGGCCGCGAUCAAGUCGAGCAGACCGAGAACGAGGCGCGCAGCCUCCGUGUUCACGUUGGGGCGCAAUGGAGCCCGCCGAAAGAACCUCGUUGGAGCCGUCACAAGUUGGAGGACCGCUCACGGUUUGGCAUUAAAAGACAAUUGUUGACGCUGUUACAACCACACACACACACACAUUAGUUCACAUCCUGUCAACACUGUUCCUGAGGAAACGUUUCGAUGGAUUUCAAUGUUAAAGGGAGAUGUGGGUGGGUGGUGUCGAUCACUUGACUAUAUCGUCCUGUUGCGACCUUCUUGUGGUUCAGGUUUUUUUCUUUUUUUUGGGGGGGGGGGGGGCGGAAUCUCGUUCGGGGGACUGCACUUGAAUGUAAACUCACCGACUGUAUUGUUGCGCAACGACUGUCCGCCGACUGUUUGCUGUUGUUGUACAUUCCACCACUGGCCUAAUGUUAUGCAAUCCUCUCUACAUUUUGAUUCUAUAUUUGUAUUAUUAUUUUUAAUUUCCUUUAACACUGAAUGCUUUCCAGAAAGUUGGAAGCGCCACCUCAGUUUCAAGUAUGGGAUUGUUAUUAUUAUUAUUUUUUUCUUCUUCUUUUAAAUGCAAUACGACCACAGCAAAAUAUGGUUUUGUCUAGGUUCAUGUAAAUAACACAAAUUGAGCUUUGGAAUGAUAGAAAGUUGCUGAUUAUUAAUUUAUGAUUCCCUUCAGUGCUUUUUGUUCUCUUCCAAUGAGCUGACUGAGCAUCAGUUUGUACAAAAAUUGAAUGUUUUAUGUUCUUAUUUUCUGACGUGAUUAUUUUCCCUUCCUGCAUGGGGCCAAUUAGUCAAUAGCGUGUGAUUCAUUCAUGCUAAAAAAAAAAAAGUUAUUCCAAAACUUUGUAUA